AAAUAUUUGGGUACUUUCCAAGAAUAAUCGGAAUCGGGUACUUUCCAACUUUUUCACCUUUCACCUUGUUUUGUAUUGAAUUUUUGGGGUUUAGUGAUUAUUUAUUUAUUAGUUUGUUUAUUGUCCGAGUUUCGAAAAUGACUGCGUUGUCAGCAAAACAAGUCCGCAACGCCUACAUCGACUUUUUCAAAGAGAAAAACCACAUCUACCAUCAUUCCUCGUCUACGAUACCUUUGGACGACCCCACCUUACUUUUCACCAAUGCCGGCAUGAACCAGUUCAAACCCAUUUUCUUGGGAACUGUUGAUCCGAACAGUGACUUGUCCAAACUGGUUAGAGCGGUAAACACUCAGAAAUGUAUCAGAGCAGGAGGUAAACACAACGACUUAGAUGACGUAGGCAAAGACGUGUACCAUCACACGUUUUUCGAAAUGAUGGGUAACUGGUCGUUCGGCGACUAUUUCAAAAAAGAAAUUUGCACUUGGGCCUGGGAAUUCUUAACCAUCAAACUCCAACUACCACCCAACCGACUCUACGUUACUUAUUUCGGAGGAGACGAAAAAUCCGGCCUGGAACCGGACACCGAGUGCAAACAAAUCUGGCUAAACCUCGGAGUACCACCAACUCAUGUAAUUCCAGGCUCCAUGAAAGAUAAUUUUUGGGAAAUGGGCGAAACAGGCCCAUGUGGUCCUUGUUCCGAACUGCAUUUUGACCGAAUCGGGGAUAGGGAUGUUCCAGAAUUAGUCAACCAAGAUGAUCCAGAUGUUUUAGAAAUUUGGAAUCUUGUAUUCAUCCAAUACAAUCGUGAGACUGAUGCAAGUUUGAAACCUUUACCCAAAAAACAUAUCGAUUGCGGUUUAGGUUUGGAACGUUUAGUUUCAGUUAUUCAAAAUAAACGUUCCAACUAUGACACGGAUUUAUUUGUACCAAUUUUUGAAGCUAUUGAAAAAGGUACUGGGGCGCCACCUUAUCAAGGCAGAGUAGGCGAAGCCGAUACAGACGGAAUCGAUAUGGCUUAUAGAGUUUUAGCAGAUCAUGCCAGGACUUUAACAAUUGCAUUAUCGGAUGGUGGAAAUCCAGACAACACUGGUAGAGGUUAUGUUUUGAGACGCAUCUUACGUAGAGCUGUGAGAUAUGCUACCGAAAAACUAAACGCCAAGCCAGGCUUUUUCGCUACAUUAGUCAACACUGUAGUUGAUCUUUUAGGAGACACUUUUCCUGAAGUCACCAAAGAUCCUCAAUCCGUCAUAGACACAAUAAAUGAAGAAGAAACUCAAUUUCUAAAAACCUUAAGCAGAGGUAGGAACUUAUUAAAUAGAACAAUCACGAAACUGGGCAAUAAUUGCAAAGAAGUCCCCGGUGAUGUGGCUUGGAGACUCUACGACACCUACGGGUUUCCCGUAGACCUAACCUCACUUAUGGCCGAAGAAAAAGGUUUAAACGUCAACAUGUCCGACUACGAAGAAUCCAAAAAGCAGGCGCAACUAAUAUCGCAAGGCAAAGGCAGCGGGGUGGCGGACACCAUUAAUUUGGACGUUCACUCUAUAACGGAGCUGCAAACUAUGGGGGUGCCACCUACCGACGAUUCAGCCAAGUACGAUUACCAAGCUGGUGCCAAGGUCGAUGACACUUAUCAGUUUGCCAGUUGUCAAGCUACUGUCAUUGGAUUAAGAUUCAAUAAACAAUUUGUCGAAGAAGUAACCAGCGGUCAGGAAUGCGGUCUGUUGCUGGACAAAACCAACUUUUACGCGGAACAAGGAGGCCAAAUCUACGACACUGGCUACAUUGUAAAAUCCGACGACGACAGCGUGGAAUUUUCGGUCAAAAACGUCCAAGUUCGGGGCGGUUACAUCGUCCAUAUUGGCAACAUCGAAGGUACCUUGAAGAAGGGUGACAAAGUGACUUUGCACAUCGACAGCGAAAGGCGGCGCUCGAUUAUGAGCAACCAUACAGGCACGCAUAUUUUAAAUUACGCUUUGCGAAAGGUUUUAGGAACUGAGGCCGAUCAAAGAGGGUCACUUGUAGCUCCAGACAGGUUGCGAUUUGAUUUUACCAAUAAAGGCGCUCUUAGUGUUGAGCAAGUGAAAAAUACUGAGCAAAACUCUAAGGAUUUGAUUGGCAAAAACCAGCAAGUUUACGCUAAAGAGGCCAAUUUGGCAACAGCGAAAACUAUUAGGGGAUUGAGGGCCGUUUUUGAGGAAACUUAUCCUGAUCCUGUCAGGAUUGUGUCCGUGGGUAUUCCAGUUGAGCAGCUUGAAACUGACCCCUUUGGACCUGCCGGAGAUGGUACUUCUAUUGAAUUUUGCGGCGGUACCCAUGUCAAAUAUGCAGGUCAUAUUGGUGAUUUUGUGAUUAGUAGCGAAGAGGCCAUAGCGAAAGGUAUCAGACGGAUUGUAGCUUUGACAGGGCCCGAAGCCACCAAAGCCUUGAAAAGAAACGAAGUGCUGGAAAACAGGUUAAAUGAAAUCAAAUCCUCAAUUGAAGCAGAUAAAGAUGGCUUAAACUCAAAAGAUAAUGUUAAGAGAAUCGUAGAGCUGACAGAUGAAGUGUCGCAGGCUACGAUUCCUUACUGGAAAAAAGAAGAGAUCAGAAACAGCUUGAAAUCGCUUAAAAAGGCUUUGGACGACAAAGACCGUGCAGUUAAGGCUGCAAUUGCCAACAAAGUAAUCGACGAAAUCAAGGAAUUUGUUAACCAAAACCCAAACUUGCCAGUUUUGGUCAAGGAAUUGAAGGCCUUCAAUAAUACUAAGGCUUUAGAUGGUGCCUUGAAACAAGUGCGAAGCCUUAGCCCUUCAACUGCUGCUCUUUUUGUUUCCGUAGACCCCGAUUCUAAUAAAUUAUUUUGUUUGUCUUCGGUGCCUAAAGAAACCAUUGAAAAAGGGCUCAAGGCUAAUGAAUGGGUUCAGAGCGUGGCUUCAAAAAUUGGCGGAAAAGGCGGCGGCAAACCUGAUUCCGCUCAGGCUAGUGGCGCCAACUGUGUGGCGGUCGACGAAAUUUUGUUGUUGGCCAAACAAUUCGCUGACAGUAAAUUGAGUUAGAAUAAAAUCAAAACUGAUAAGCUCCAAUAAUAAAGCAUUUAUUACAUUUUAAUCUUG